UUGGGACGGCCACGCCAUGCUUUCAAGAGCCGUGAGCUGAGCUUUGCUUUCAAGAAAGAACUCGAGAGAAGAGGCUUGGCUUCACUCGCAUCAAGACGAGCACCGCUGUUGCGGCUGCCCAGCUCUUUAAGGAGAAAGGGACGUGUGUGGAGACAGUUUGGGCAUUCGGGGUGGAGCACUGUGGUGGAUGUUUUUCAAGGUGUGAACUUGCAGUAAGAAAUCGCACCUUUGACCGCCAGCAAUCAUGGGGGUGAUGCAGGGGGGGCAGAUUGCAUCAAGGGCGUUGCGCCAGAUCGGUCAGGUGGCAGGAAAGCAGCAGCGCAUUGGCGGGCUGCUGCAGGGAAAGCAAGUCGAUCAGACUUCGGCCGGGGCUUUCGCCUCAUCUUUUCUGCAAAAAUGGAUGGUGCCAGCUCGCGCAUACAGUGCGGCGUCAGGAGGCGACGUGAUUGGAAUAGAUCUGGGGACCACGAACUCGUGCGUCUCAAUCAUGGAAGGGAAGGCCCCCAAAGUCAUUGAGAACGCUGAGGGUGCCCGGACCACUCCGUCAGUGGUGGCAUUCACACCAAAGGGUGAGCGCCUGGUGGGACAGCCUGCUCGCCGGCAAGCCAUCACUAACCCGCAGAACACGCUCUUCGGUACCAAGCGGUUGAUUGGCCGCCGGUUCGAUGACGCGCAGACGCAGAAGGAGAUGAAGAUGGUUCCGUAUAAGAUUGUGCGCGCCCCUAACGGCGACGCCUGGGUGGAGGCGGCAGGCCAGCAGUUCUCCCCCAGCCAAGUGGGGGCGUUCAUUUUGGGCAAGAUGAAGGAGACUGCGGAGGCAUACCUAGGCCGGAGUGUUAACAAGGCCGUGAUUACGGUUCCUGCCUACUUCAACGACUCCCAGCGGCAGGCCACCAAGGAUGCUGGCAGGAUCGCAGGGCUAACGGUGGAGCGAAUCAUCAAUGAGCCGACGGCAGCGUCCCUGGCAUACGGUAUCGGGAACCAAAAGGAGGGGAUCGUGGCAGUAUAUGAUCUGGGGGGCGGCACAUUCGAUGUGUCGAUCCUGGAGAUCUCGGGGGGAGUCUUUGAGGUGAAGGCGACAAACGGCGACACGUUCCUGGGCGGCGACGACUUCGACAACGCGCUGCUGCACUUUUUGGUGGACACGUUCAAGGCGGACGAGAACAUCGACCUCACCAAGGACCGCCUCGCGCUGCAGAGGCUGCGCGAGGCCUCCGAGAAGGCCAAGAUCGAGCUCUCCUCCACGCUGCAGACGGAAAUCAACCUGCCCUUUAUUACCGCAGACCAAACAGGCGCCAAGCAUCUGAACGUGACCCUGACCCGGAGUAAGUACGAGUCGCUGGUGCAAGACCUGCUGGAUCGUACCAAGCAGCCCUGCAGGUCCUGCAUGAAGGACGCCGGGAUUGAGGCCAAAAACAUUGACCAGGUCCUGCUGGUCGGCGGCAUGACCCGCAUGCCCAAGGUCCAGGAAAUCGUGCGCGAGAUCUUCAACCGGGACCCCAGCAAGGGUGUGAAUCCGGAUGAGGUCGUGGCCAUGGGGGCUGCUAUUCAGGGGGGGGUGCUCAAGGGCGAUGUUAAGGACCUGCUUCUGCUGGAUAUUACCCCCCUCUCGCUGGGAAUUGAGACCCUGGGGGGCGUGUUCUCGACCGCAGCGGACAACCAGCAACAGGUGGGCAUUAAGGUCCUCCAGGGAGAGCGCGAGAUGGCGGCCGACAACAAGCUGCUGGGCCAGUUCGAGCUCCAGGGACUCCCUCCGGCGCCACGUGGCGUGCCCCAAAUUGAGGUCACCUUCGACAUCGACGCGAACGGUAUCGUAAACGUAAACGCCCGUGACAAGACGACCGGCAAGGAGCAGCACAUUACCAUCCGCUCCUCAGGCGGGCUGUCUCAGGCCGACAUUGAGCAGAUGGUUCGCGACGCCGAGUCGUUUGCCGACAAGGAUAAGGAGCGUCGGGCGCUGAUAGAUCUCAGGAAUGAGGCCGAUGGGCUCGUGUAUUCGUCCGAGAAGAAUCUAGAGACGCACGGAGCAAACAUCUCCCAGGAGCUCGUAGAUGAGAUCAAGUCAGCGAUCGAGGCCCUCCGAUCCACCCUGACCAGCGAAAACGCGGACGACAUCCGGUCGAAGGUGGAGGAGCUGCAGAAGGCCAUCAUGAAGAUCGGGACGGAGCUGGCCAAGAAGGCUGGUGGCGGCGGCGGCUCAGACGGGGGUGCCGCACAAGAGCCGGAAGUAAAGGAGGCCGAAUACGAGGAGCCCAAAAACAACGACAAGAAGUAGGGAGCGUCGGAAUAGAUAUUGUCAAUACGUGAUGAUGACUUAGGCAGAGGUGCAGGGGACUAUGCAAGCUGCCGUCGGAGGGUCGGGUUAAUAUGUCAAUGUCAGACUGAGACUGACCCGCUUAAGCAUAUAACUAAGAAGUGCGUCCGACCAUUGAGUCAUGUUAGAUAAAUCUGGUGAAUCAACAUAUGAUGUCCGACCGCUUUCCGGACUCGACGUAGUUCU